AUGCCGCCGUUGGAAGACGACCUCUUCCCUUCAACCCCAGGCAAAUUCAAGAUCGAGCGUGCCCACACCAUGAACCGCCAACUCUACCGCUGUUUCGCCUCCACCAGCACCAUGUUCCUCUGGGCUCUCUUUCUCAUCGCCCUCACCGCAUCCUACCUCAGUUUCCAAGGAUUCGUCGAUUCCGGUAGCCGCUACCUCUCCGCCUCCUGGGGCGGGAUCCAGUGGGAGAAGCAAGUCCGCACCUCCGCCCAGAUCCACCGUCAGGGAGGCAUGUCUGUGCUCGUAACAGGCGCAGCCGGUUUCGUCGGCUCUCAUGUCUCCCUUGCCUUGAAACGACGCGGAGAAGGCGUCGUUGGACUCGACAACUUCAACGACUACUACGACCCCUCACUCAAGAAAGCCCGCAAAUCGCUCCUCAACACGCACGAAGUCUUCAUCGUCGAAGGCGACGUCAACGACGCCAAGCUCCUCGCCAAGCUCUUCGACGUCGUGGCCUUCACACACGUGAUGCACCUCGCGGCCCAGGCCGGCGUGCGCUACGCCAUGGAGAAUCCCCAAUCCUACGUCCACAGCAACAUCGCGGGCCUCGUCACGCUUCUCGAGACCUGCAAAUCGGCCAAUCCUCAGCCCGCCAUCGUUUGGGCCUCGUCCAGUUCCGUCUACGGGCUCAACGAGAAGGUCCCUUUCUCCGAAUCGGACCGCACCGACCAGCCCGCCAGCCUCUACGCCGCCACUAAGAAAGCCGGCGAGGAAAUCACUCACACAUACAAUCACAUUUACGGAUUGUCGAUCACCGGUUUGAGAUUCUUCACUGUGUACGGACCUUGGGGGAGACCCGACAUGGCUUAUUUCUCUUUCACCCGCAAUAUCUUACAAGGAAAACCUAUUACCGUCUACCGCGGCAAAGACCACGUCGACCUCGCUCGCGAUUUUACCUUCAUUGAUGAUAUUGUGAAGGGAUGCGUUGGAUCGUUGGAUACCGCUGGCAAGAGUACUGGGUCGGGUGGGAAGAAACGGGGACCCGCUCCUUAUCGGAUAUUUAACCUCGGAAACACUUCUCCGGUUACUGUGCCCACUCUUGUGAGUAUCUUGGAGAAACAUUUGAAGGUUAAGGCGAAGAGGAAUAUCGUGGACAUGCCUGGGAACGGCGACGUUCCGUUUACUCACGCGAAUAUUAGUUCAGCCCGGAAAGAACUCGGGUACAAGCCCACGACCGAUUUGCAAACCGGGUUGAAAAAGUUCGUCAAGUGGUACCUUUCCUACUACGGCUACAAUCACGGCAAAUCUGUAAAUUAA